UUAGUUUCCUCAGGCUCUGGAUGGGUGAGGGAUGAUGCCAGAAAGCUGCAGGCAAACACACAUGUUCAAAACUUUUCCUUCAGCACUCAUAGACUUGCAAGAAUAUUUGAAAUGAUCCAGAAUCCUACAGUUUUUUAGGUUGCAGAAGUGCAUUUUUUGCCCAUAUGGAACAUUCGAUGUGGCUGAAUCCUGAAGUGUUUGCUUGUUGUUUACCAAUUUGGAAGUAACAUACUCUGGGACUUUCUUUGGAAACUGGAAAAUGUUUCACUAAGUAGUUUGAUGGAACCUCAAAUUUAAAUUUCUGACUGCUUUUGCUGUUCUUGGACACUUGCUUUCUGGGAAAAAAAAGGUGAAAAGGACUGCAAUAUCACCAGCAUCAAGUCGACCAUCAGCAAAAAAGUUGUUUAUACAGGAUUCUCGAGCGAGGAAUCAUGAAAGACAACUAUGGCGGAUACGAGAACCAGCUUUUCAAAGAAGAGGAUUUCACUGGAGAGGAAGAGAUGCCGUCAUUUAGAGGUCGUAGUAGAGGUGGCUGUAUGAGGUGCCAACAAAGCCACUCUCUCCAGCUUGCUGUCAAAGUCCUCUAUGGCUUUGUUGCAUUCCUGAUCAUUACUGUGGCAGUGUUGGCAUCACUUGUGUUUAGGAAGGUUGACAACCUGUCUGAGGAGGAGUCCGUCUACCACAAGAAGAUCUCCAGGGUUCAGCAAGGAAUAGCGGAUCUGAGCUCUUCCUCUAACUGUUCAGGCUGUCUGGAUGUGACUCUGUACAGCGAGGAGAUCAGCAGGCUGAAGAGAGAGUUUGAAGACAUCCAGAAGAUGAUACUGGGACAGGAGCAGGUCCUGGACCAGGCCUCCCAGACCCAGUCCGCCCUAAAGGCCACCAGCAACCGGUUGACACGUGAUAUGCAAAACCACCUCAUGUCGAUCAAACUUCUCAACCAGUCGCUGGAAAGAUACCUGGAUCGGGUGGAGGGCUGGAAGGACGUGAUUGAGGAAACUGAGGAGAAAAUGAAGACGUUGACGGAGGAUCAGUAUGACAUCAAAGCUACAUCACAGCAAGUUAACAUGACAGUGGCACUCAGUACAAUGUGGAUAGAUGCCCUGCAGAGAAAAGCAGAUGAGGAGACUCUGGUCCUCCAGAAGUUGACCACCGACUGGCAGAACUACAGCCGAGUUCUGAGUGCAAUCAAAUCCAACACGAGCAGCACCACGCAAAACAUGCGCUCACUCCAAAACAACGUUGUAGCAGAUCACCAGAGAAUCGCCAUGUCCACCGAGGUGUACUACGACCUCACCCAGCAGGUGAUGAACCUACAGAUGCAGCUUGACAAUGUGACGUCUUUCAUGGACGAACACGAGGAGAACAUGCAUGACCUUCACUACCAUUCCAGGUAUUAUGAGAACCGGACAGGUGAGCGUUUCUCUGCAUUGGAUGGUCGUCUGAAGUCCAUCUCGAUGGAGAUUGAAACGAUCUCCUCCAGCAUCAACGCCACCGUCAGCCACGUUCAGAGCAUGUACAAGUACAUCAACAUCGAGAGCUCCUCCUGUCAGAGUCGCAUGGGCAGACACACAGAAGAUCUACAGAACCUAAACAACACAGUCUUGUUACUCCUGCACUUGGCCGACACACUGAGACAGCAAAACAUGUUGCUGAAUGUCCGACUGGAUGUGGAUGUCAGGAACCUGUCCAUGGUGAUGGAGGAGAUGAAGCUUGUGGAUGUUCACCAUACCCAGCUCAUAAAGAACUUCACUAUAGUAAAAGGUGCUCCUGGACCACCAGGGCCCAAAGGGAACCGUGGUGAGACUGGCUCAAAAGGACCCAUGGGACUGACUGGGAGCAAAGGUGACCGAGGCCCUAUAGGAAGCCGUGGAUCUGUUGGAGAGAAGGGUUCUAUUGGGCCCAAAGGCGCACCAGGUGAAACAGGCCCCAGUGGCAAUAAAGGGGCAGUAGGAAUCAAAGGAUCAAAAGGGUCUCUUGGUCCUCCAGGACCACCUGGUGAGAAGGGCCAGAAAGGAGAUAUGGGCCUCACCGGUGUAGAUGGCGUCCCAGGACCCACAGGGCCUGCGGGGAUCCAGGGUCAGGCAGGACUACCAGGCAUCAUUGGGCCACCAGGACCAAGGGGAAAAACAGGGCCAACAGGCCCACCUGGACCACCCGGAACACCUGGACCUCCAGGCUUGCCAUACCCACAUGACCGAAUCAACACCCAGCAGCGGACCGUGACGGCUGGUACUGGGCCCAAGAAACAGUAGAAAGAUGGACUCAGAGGUGAUUUGUGUGAUUUGAGAGAUAUAAACUGAAAGAAUACAAUCCGUUGUGACUGGAGACGCAAUAAUCCAUUUUUUUAUGGGAUUACGCAAGAUAAUUGAGAACUUUAUGAACAAAUGCAACUAAUUAAAAUUGGAGAUGGGGAUUUAAAGGAGGCAUUCCCCUGAUAUUAUGACAUGGCCACAUGAAAUGAACCAAGAGGAAGGUCUAAAAAAUGGAAAACAUAACUGCUGCCACAGACUGAACUGAGAAGUCUAAAAGAAGACUAUCCAAGGCCUGAAAUUGAGCGCUUUUUGGAAAGACCUUCAUACAUGGGUCUCAUAACUACUUUUGAUGAUUGUUUUCUUGUAGACCAAAGCCAAAGACAACCCAAAUACAACAAUCCCUUUAUAAGAAUUAUAUUGUGUUAAUUUUUUUUAUUACCAGAAUUAAAACCUUGUCUUAGAUGGUGAGAUCAAUAGGAAUAAAAAUACAUCUUUGGGGAAUUUUAAGUCUUGUCUAGUUGAAUGUACUAGAAGCAAAUAAUAUGUUUGAGGUCGUCAAGCCACGAAAACCUCAUGGGAAAUAAAAUAAAAAGGAAGGCUGUUAACCACAGAUUUCGACUAAAGUAGUGGUCUUUUCCCUGUUUGGACUACUCAGAGGUUUACAUUCCAAUGCACUACUAUAUGGGCACAGUAAAGUUACAUUAUGAAACAGUGACACAUCCUUUUUGUUUCCCAUUUUUAAAUUGUAAAAACUAAAGUCAGCUUAUCUUUUGUCAUUUCAGAGCAGGUACUCUGAAGACUUGUCUUUCAUCUAGAAACUGGGCAAAAUUGAAGAAUUCAUGCCCCCUGAAUUUAAAAUGGAGUGCUCUGGUGACCUUUGUUUUACAUUUUAUGGGACAUUUGCUUCUUUAGUUGCUGUAAGAAUGUAGAAAGUAAUAAGGAACUCUCUUGUUGACUCCUGUUGAUCAAACAGUUUGGGAAAUACACUCAUUCACUUUCUUUUUGAGAGUUUGAUGAGAAGAUAGAUACCACACUGUGUGCGGCUGCUCGAGCCAGGAGGUGAGUAGUUUAGCUUAGCAUAAAGACUGGAAGCAGGGAGAAACAGCUAUUGUGAAUCUGAUAGUGCCAUUGCUGCCAUCAUCACAUUUUACAAUCAAGAUACACCAUUAGAUUUAGAGGUGUUGGCAGGUGUAGUUUUGAACAUUGGAGGAAGUCAGACUAGCUGUUUACCUCUGCCUCCAGUUUUUAUGCUAAGCUAAGCUAAUUGCCUCCCGCUUCAUAUCCAUACCUUAUGCACAGACAUGAGAGUGGUACAAAUCUUCUCAUCUAACUCUUGGAAAGAAAGCAAAGUGUAUUUUACAACAUGUAUUCCUUUGAGAAGUAUGAAAGAUGGAAAGGUCAUUACUCUAGCUCAUCACAUAAAUGAAUAGUACUAUUUGUAAACAUGUCAAGUAAUAAAAUUAAACAUUCACAAGUGGUUGUGAUAGCGUAAUGACUUAUAAGAGGGUUUGGGUCUUAUGAUACACACGUAAAUAAUCUUUUAUAGCUCACAAUUAUUUUUUUUUACAAAAAAGGGAAACAUACUAUUUUGUAAACGUGUGUUGUAAUGAAAUGCGACUGGCUUGCAUUGAACUUCAAUAAAGUUUUUUUGAACAGCCUG